AUGAAGGCUAAUGAACUUAUUCAAAGAAUUACUACAAUAGAAAAUAAAGAUAAAGCAAAAGUAUUGCAAAGGUUUUUCAAAACUGGAAAAGGUGAAUAUGGUGAAGGAGAUCUUUUUCUAGGAGUUCCAUUACCAUCAAUAAGAAAAGAAACAAAAGUAUUUUUAAAUACUUAUAUUCAACGAAAAAAAUUUAUUGAAGGAAAGACAAUAAAUGAAGUAUUAAAUGAAGUAAAAGAUUUAUUAAAUAAUAAGUAUCAUGAAAUUCGAGUAGCGGGAUGUAUUAUUCUUGUUGAAUUAUAUCCAGUUGAUGAAGAAAUAAUUUAUAAGUUUUAUCUUACUCAAACUGAACAUUUAAAUAAUUGGGAUUUAGUUGAUAUAACAUGUUAUAAAAUUCUUGGGAAAUACUUGUUAAAAAAAGAAAAGGAUAUUCUUUAUAUAUUAGCUCAAAGUAAAUCAUUAUGGGAAAGAAGAAUUGCAAUGGUCACAACAAUGACAUUCAUUAAAAAUGGACAAUUUGAAGAUUCAUUAAAAAUUUGUGACAUUCUUAAAUCAGACCCUCAUGACUUAAUACAUAAAGCAUGUGGAUGGAUGUUAAAAGAAAUAGGAAAGAAAAAUAAAAAGAAACUAAUAACUUACCUUAAUGAAAAUGUAACAACGUUACAUCCAGUAACACGAAACUAUGCAUGUGAACAUUUGUCUAAUGAAUUAAAACAAAAAUAUAAAGAACUUGCUAAACAAAAGUAA